AUGGGAAAUUGUUUUUGUGACAAAUUGAGAACAGAAAAAGAAAUUCAAUCAAUAGUAUCUGACAACGUUGCAGUAAACUCAGAAAGAUUCUCAUCUCCUAUGCCUUCAACAAGGCGAAAUCGUAAUAGAAGCCCUGUGAUCUCUUUUGAUAGCUUUGAUAAAGAAAAUUUCCCAUCGCUUCAAGAAGGUGACUUUCAAUUAGAUAAAUUAAGGAAUAUCUUAAAUGAAUCAAAGCACCUUGCCUCGCAGCUAAAAAGACUGCGUGGAGAAGAUGUUUUGCCUGAGGAUUGGCCAAGAGCUUCAGACUGUUCGAAAAUUUGUGAAAUUGCAGAAGAGGAAUUAGCAAAGCAAAUUGAUGCAAUUUAUCAAGAUGUAAUGAUUAUGUAGAUGAAUUCAUUAAUAAAACAAGUAGAAGAUCUUAGGCAGCAUACUGGAGUAAUGACAAAACAAUAA